UCAGUGUACUGUCCGCUAGAAGCGCUAAUAUGGCUUUUGAAACUUUAGAAGUUUAGAACUUUUUUUUAACUCUAAGACUAUAAAUCUAGAAUUAACUUUUAAAUGUUGGAAAAGUAUAUUUGAUUUGUCUUUAACUUUAAUAAUUGACUCAUAGCGUCGUACAAAGAAUUCUACCUUGUUGGGCACGGAUAAAAAAGUGAACAGCAUAAUAAAUUGUGUAUGAUUUCCGGAGAUUUCGGUCGUCUAGAACUCUAGACAUAUUCCACACUUCCACAGUGCAGUACAUUUUCUAUUAGCAUCAUCGUCAAUGACGGUGGAAUUUUAAUAUUUUGUUCGGUAAAAUGAUUCAUUAAAAUCCAUUUUAAAUAUUAUAUUAAAAUGAAAAAUGAAAUGUAUUCCAUUUUGCAAUGAAUUCAAUUCUAGUACUUUUAGUGUACCUAAAAAUGUAUUUGAUGUAUGGCAAAAUAUCCACUAAACAUGAAAUUGAAACCAAAUUCAAGAAUUUGUGAAAAACAUUUUGAAAAAGAGGUUAUCAUGAAGACAUGGGUUUCAGACCAAAACUUYGGAAGGAGCUAUUCCUACAAUUAGUGUUACAACAAAGCAAAAUAUAUUGACAGAUUUAUCAACUUCAGAAAUGAAAUUUUUUGGGAUAACCAGACAAAUCGCAGGUCCAAAUCUCCAAAUGAUCACCCAACCACGCCAACCUUCUGCUUUCUGUUUAUUCAAUGAUUAAACCUCCUAACGCAGGAAAUUGUAUAGUAUAUGAAAUUAAUUUAUACAUUGGAUAUGGAUAAACAACUUAAUGAUACCAAUGUAUCAGAUUCAAAAGCCUUGCAAGCAACAGAAUUUUAUUUUGAAUCAGAUUUUUACUUAUUAAAAAAUAAUAAUGAUUAUAAGAAUUUACUGAAAUCCUUAGCAAUACUUGAAGUACAAAGAUGUGCAACAAUUCAAAAUAUUGAAAAACUUGCAGUGUUAAAAGAAUACUUUUCAAAAAAUCCUUCUUUGGCAUUAAAAAAAGUUCUUAGACGUGAAGACAUUGGUACAUUGAAAUCAGUUAAUAUUCAUACGUUGCCAGAAAUUGAUUGGUCUGUGUAUAUAACCAAUGACAAAACAGAAAAUGAAACAACAAAACAAGUAUGUGAUAUUAAUUUACGGCAUAAAAAUAUUUCUGAUAAACAAGAAACACGAGUAAACAGUACAACUUCAGAGGUAGAAAAACCUGAAACAUUUAAAAAACCUUGGACAGUUGAAGAACAAUUACGUCUUGAAGAACUUUUAAUUGAAUAUCCACCAGAAAGAAAUGAAAGUAACAGGUAUAGAAAAAUAGCUGACGCUUUAGGCACAAGAAAUUUGAGACAAGUAUGUAGUAGAGUUCAAAAGUAUAACAUGAAAAUGAAAAAAGUCGGUUCAAUAAAAUCUAUUAAUGCAAAUUCAAAGAAUUUAAAUAAAAAAACUGUAUCAUUAAGUCAUAAAAAUAAUGGUGCAUUAUUAAAACCAACCACAUUUAUACCAUCUACAACAUUAAUAGAUGAUGUUGAUGUUUAUAAUGCCAAUCGAAAUAACUUUAAUGUAAGUCACAAAAAUAUUGAAAUGAGUAUUAAGGCAAAAUUAGAUAUCUUACAUGAAGUAUUUAAGGACAAACUUGAAGAAGAAAAUCGUCUAACUCUCCAUGUUGGUUAUACAUGUUGUGUAUGUGAAUCAUCUCCAAUCGUUGGAACUAGAUGGAAUUGCAAUGAUUGUCCAGCUAUUGGUAAAAGCUCUGAUUUUUGCAGCGAUUGUAUUGUAGACACAGUUAGAAAUGUUCUCGAGAAACCUCCACAUCCUAUGGAUCACAUAGUUACUCCUAUUAGAAACGUUAAGGUGAAUGAUGAUAAUAAUGACAAUUUAAUUGACCAAAACUAUGUCCCAUUGGUAUUUAGAACUCAAAAUUACUUAGAUCCUAAUUUUAUGGUAUUUGAAUAACUUAUAUUAAUUAUAUUUGUUUUAUUGUAGAUUAGAUUGUUAAUUGAUUGAUGAUUUAUUUUUCAUACAAUAACUACUUAUUUGUUAAUUCUUUUUAGUUAAGUAAAUUUUUGCUAGUAAUUAAAAUUAGAACAGUUUCCAUAACUGAUUAUCUCAGUAAAUCUUAAUCUUACGCAAUUCAAAUAAUAAUAUGUGUUAAAUGUUUAAUCUAUAAAGGUCAGCCUGAAAUUUUGUCCAUCAAACUACAUAAUUUAUUGCUUAUUUAAUUUACCAAUGUGUUAUUAUGAUCAAAACUGGAAUUAGUAUAAUAUAAUGAAUACUGUGGAUUACUCUUAAUGAGGGUACGUUGAGACCAAACUCAUUUGCCCACAUUAAGCAGUUACCCGUAAACUAAAAUUGGUAUGCAUUGAAAUUGGGGUCAGAUAAUUUUUCGCACAUUACGCAGAGUUCUUAUUUACCAUAGUUAAUAGAAUAAGACACAUGGUUGUGUUCGAAUGUAUAUCAUUUUAAAUUUAGAUUCUCGCGUUUUUCUAUAAUUAUACCAUAUUUCAUUCGUUCCACAUUGUUUUAAUUUUAUUGUAAAUUACUAAAUUCAAUAUUUUUAAAACAUUCAACUAUAGAAACUUUUUAAAUAAAUUGUAAAUAAAGAGUAACAAAAUCACUAUAAACACAUUUAUUGUAUUAUUA